GGAGACAUGUUCUUCCAUGCCACUUUGGCCCGUUCGUUUAUCAACGCUCUCUCCUUAAGAGGAGAUGACGAUUUUGUGGAUCGUUUAAAUUACUACUACACGCCGAUCAUGUUGAGUAUCGCUUGUUUGAUCAUCAGCGCGAAACAGUAUGGCGGUACGCCGAUCGAGUGCUGGGUGAAUCCGCAUUCGCGAGAGAGCAUGGAAGAGUACAUCGAGAGCUAUUGCUGGAUUCAGAAUACGUAUUGGGUGCCAAUGUUCGAGAAUAUUCCCGAUGAUCACACGGCGAGAGAGGAAAAGCAAAUCGGUUACUAUCAAUGGGUGCCUUUCAUUUUGAUUGCCGAGGCGUUGAUGUUCUCGUUGCCGUGCAUUUUCUGGAGACUCUUGAGUUGGCAAUCGGGCCUAAACAUCCAACAUUUGAUCAACUCCGCUUGCGACAUCAACGCCAUCGUCGAUCACUCGCAACGGGAAAAAGCUAUCGAAUCCCUAGCCGCCAGCUUCAUCGACACAAUCGAUCUGCAGGGUUCUGACCGAGAAUUGCCGCAACGAAGUUUGAUCGGCAGACUGAAAUGCAAUAGAUUAUUAUCCGGUCAAUACGUAUCAAUCCUUUAUGUGGCCACGAAGAUUCUCUAUGCUAUCAAUAUUGGACUUCAAUUUGGGAUACUGAAUGCUUGCUUGAAGAAUGAUCAAUAUUUCUUGUUUGGCUUUCAGGUUCUAAACGAUUUGGUAGCUGGCCGGCCGUGGACUGAAACUGGCCACUUUCCCAGGGUGACCCUCUGCGACUUCGAAGUUCGAUAUUUAGCGAAUUUGAACCGAUAUACUGUCCAGUGCGCUCUUCUCAUCAAUAUCAUCAACGAGAAAGUAUUCGCUUUCUUUUGGUGCUGGUAUCUGCUCAUUUUAUGCAUUACUAUAUUCUCCGCACUUUUCUGGAUCUUGAACAUAUGCAUACACACGGAAAAAAUCGACUACAUCGUGAAGUAUAUGCAGAUUGCGCAGUGUGCUGACAAGAGGAAAGAGAUGAAGUUUAUCGAGCCGAAUAAAGUUUUACCGGCUGAGCGUAUCUUUUCGGUGAUCCCAUUCGCGCCACAACUCCUCGACCGCUUCGUCACACAUUUCUUGAAAUCGGAUGGGGUUUUCAUUCUGCGAAUGAUGGCAAACCAUUCGGGUGAUCUCGUCGUCGUUCAAGUGCUCAAGUGCUUAUGGCAGGAGUUUCGAGAGCGAAACUGGCGUGAAUUUGAGGAGUUCGAGGAGGUGAAAGAGCAACAUUUCAGGAUGAAAAAGCCAACGAUGGUCAAUCCUCGAGUGGUGACAAUCAUGACGGAAAGCAUGAAAAGCGAUAAUAAUUUUAUA